CCCGGCGGCUCGGCAGCCGGGGCUACCGGCGGCUCCCCGCACCUGCAGGCGCUUUCCGGCAGCCCUCCGAGCCGUGCGAGGGGCCCGGCCCGCCGGUCCCAGCCCCGAGCCAUGAUGAAGACCUUGUCCAGCGGGAGCUGCACGCUCAGCGUGCCUGCCAAGAACUCGUACCGCAUGGUGGUGCUGGGCGCCUCCAGGGUGGGCAAGAGCUCCAUCGUCUCUCGCUUCCUGAACGGCCGCUUCGACGACCAGUACACGCCCACCAUCGAGGACUUCCACCGCAAGGUCUACAACAUCCGGGGCGACAUGUACCAGCUGGACAUCCUGGACACCUCGGGCAACCACCCCUUCCCUGCCAUGCGCAGGCUGUCCAUCCUCACAGGUGACGUCUUCAUCCUGGUGUUCAGCCUGGAUAGCCGGGAGUCCUUUGACGAGGUCAAGCGCCUCCAGAAGCAGAUCCUGGAGGUCAAGUCCUGCCUGAAGAACAAGACGAAGGAGGCGGCAGAGCUGCCCAUGGUCAUCUGCGGCAACAAGAGCGACCACAGCGAGCUGUGCCGCCAGGUGCCCAGCACCGAGGCCGAGCUGCUGGUGUCUGGAGAUGAGAAUUGUGCCUACUUCGAGGUGUCGGCCAAGAAGAACACGAACGUGGACGAGAUGUUCUACGUGCUGUUCAGCAUGGCCAAGCUGCCGCACGAGAUGAGCCCCGCGCUGCACCGCAAGAUCUCCGUGCAGUACGGCGACGCCUUCCACCCCCGGCCGUUCUGCAUCCGCCGCGUCAAGGACAUGGAUGCCUACGGCAUGGUGUCGCCCUUUGCCCGCCGCCCCAGCGUCAACAGUGACCUCAAGUACAUCAAGGCCAAGGUCCUGCGAGAGGGCCAGGCCCGAGAGAGGGACAAGUGUGCCAUCCAGUGAGCGGCAGGGACGCUGGGGAGGGCCUCGGGGCGGUGCCUUCAGGGAGGUGGCCCCAGAUGCCCGCUGCCCAC